ACCAGCCGACCAGGCCGAUUCGCCGCGGCACCCAGCGGCAGCAGAUGGUCGCGGACUUCUUGCCUUCACUGCUGCCCCAGGGGGCCGCGCGCCCCGUCGCGCCCCAGAGCCGUCUGGACUACCCUAGCCGGGCGGGAUGGAGGCGGAUGGGGACCGGGAGGAGCUGGCCCACCUGCGCUCGCUCUUCACUACCUGCGACGCCAACUGCUCGGGGCGCUUGGAGCGCGAGGAGUUCGGCGCGCUGUGCGGGGAGCUGCGCGUGCGGCCGGCCGAGGCCGUGUUCCAGUGGCUAGACGCUGACCGCGACGGUGCCAUCACCUUCCAGGAGUUCGCGCGCGGCUUCCGUGGGUUCUGCCGCGGGGGGGGGGGGGGGCGGCACCGAGGCUGGGCUCUUUGGGAGCCCGCGUCCGCCUCAGCCCACGCGGGACCCGACCCCGAGGACAGCCAAGAGGACGAGGGCGACGGGGACGCGCUGGCAGCCCCCUGGGGUCGAGCGAGCGCCGGCCAGGCUUGGCAGGACUUCCAGGCGCGACUUGGAGACGAGGCCAAAUUCAUCCCCAGAAAAGAGCAAGUUAGUACCUUGUAUCUAAACAUCAACCUUGUGGAGCCAAGACUAAUUCAGUCGUACGAGCAUGUUAUAAGGAACUUUAUCCGUGAGAUCAAACUGCAGAGCACAGAAAUGGAAAACCUGGCCAUUGCAGUGAAGAGAGCCCAGGACAAGGCAGCCAUGCAGCUGAGUGAGUUGGAAGAGGAAAUGGAUCAGAGGAUUCAGGCAGCAGAACACAAGAUGCAUAAAGAUGAAAAACGUAAGGCUGAGGAAGCCCUCAGUGACCUCAGACGUCAGUAUGAAACAGAAGUAGGGGAUCUACAGGUGACAAUAAAGAAACUUAAAAAGCUAGAAGAACAAUCAAAACACCUAAGUCAAAAAGAAGAUGUGGCUGCCUUAAAAAAGCAAAUUUAUGAUUUAUCAAUGGAAAAUCAGAAAGUUAAGAAAGAUCUUUCAGGCACAAACAUAGCCUUUCUUCAGAGUGAAUUAGAUGCUUUGAAAAGUGAUUAUGCCGAUCAGAAUGAUAUCAGGGAUCUGGAAACAAUCUGAGAGUACACAGAAGAUCGAAAUAGUCUUGAGAGGCAAAUUGAAAUACUCCAAACAGCUAACUGGAAGUUACAUGACAGUAAUGACGGCCUUAGGAGUGCCCUUGAAAACAGUUACAGCAAGUUCAACAGAUCUUGGCACAUAAGUAAUAUAUCACCAGGGAAUACAAUUUCUAGGAGCAGUCCCAAAUUUAAUGGUCAUUCUCCUCAUCCUCUGGGCUAUGACAGGUCACCCCGCUCCUCCUACGUGAAUGAGGACUGUGACUCGUUGGCCCCCUGUGACCCUAUGCAGAGGAUGAAUUGUGAGGUGGACAGCCUUCCCGAGAGCUGCUUUGACAGCGGCUUGUCUACCCUGAGAGUCUCCAAAGAAUAUGACUCGGAGGUGGAAUACAGGCACCAGAGGGCACCUCAGAGGUCACAUGGCACACAGGAGAGCUUUGGGGGUGAUGCUUCAGACGUAGACAUAAGCCCCAGAAAUCACUGUCUUCUGGGUCAUACCUUCGAUGGAAAUCUAUCACCCUGUGUGGCUGCCAUCUUAGACUGGAAUCCCCAGGGGUCCACUAGUGAGGGCAGCAUCGUCAGUUCUUCAAGAAAGCCCAUCUCAGCUCUGUCACCACAGGAUGCAACCCGGGAGCGUGCUCCGAUCAUGUUAGUAGGAAACAAGGCUGACCUCCGCGAUGCUGCUGCAGCAGAGGAACAGAAGUGUGUCCCAGGAUACUUGGGAGAAAAACUGGCCAUGACCUAUGGGGCAUUAUUCUGUGAAACCAGCGCCAAAGACGGCUCGAAUAUGGUGGAAGCUGUUCUCCAUCUUGCUUGGGAAGUGAAAAAAAGGACCGAUGAAGAUGACAGCAAAUCCAGUGCCAAUCUGACCAGGACCAGUUCCAGAAAGUCAAUGCAGAUGAAGAACUGUUGCAGUAGUUAAAUCCCAAACAUCCUUGGCCUGUCAGGUCUUCAGGCCCAGAGUCCUGGGUGUCUGUGACUUGUUUGCUUCU